AUGGCCACUGCUUUUACUUUAGCUGAGGUAAGUUUAAAAGAAGUUAUCAAUUUGAAGAAGAUUUCACGACAUUAAGUGAAAAUAAAAUAUUAUAAAGAUUGGAUCAUCAGUGUUUACAAUAUGGUUAUAUGGCGGAAGAGUUGAUUCACGAAAGUUGCAUGAGAUUGUUACCUUAAUCUUCCCUUAGUUUUCGAAGAAAGAUUUUUGAUUUUAACAUAAACUGAGUGGUACUUAUAAAAAAAAUUGGUAAACAAGCCGUAAUAGGUGAUCGAAAAACGUGUUUCCUUGUUUUAGUACCUGAAUAACUCACUCAAAUUCAGCGAAGGAAAACUUAAUUCGUCAACUUAUGUAAAUAAUUAGUUUUUAAGGCCACGAGGGUGUAGAUUCGACUCGAUGCACUUUCCAAACUGUCCACCUGUACAAAAAAAAAAAAUGAAAGACGAAUAUAAACAGCUUGAAAUGAAGGGAAUUUCUCUUUUCAUCGAUAUUGAUACGAAUUACUGUGUCUACUAACUGUCUAGUUUAAAUUCAAGUUCAACUCGAAACAUUCGCGAGUGAAAGUACGGCCGGGGAGAUCUCUUGUAUAACGUGAGAUGUUGCUGAGGCGAAAUAACUGAUUCCUCUCUCGUAAUACCUUAGCUGGAAGCCUCUGUCAGCUUUGUUAACUCUGUGAUGGGUCAGGACAGGGAUCUUGAAUGCCUACCAAUUAAACCUGCACAGAAGCUGUAUCAAGCACAAAAAACCGGUGUUUUAUUCUGGUAAGGGAAAUGAAGUGUUGUCGGCGUGAUUAAUCGUAUUUGAAGUAAUCGUAUUUUGGUCUCGUCCUAUUUACUUAAAAACCAUUUGUACUUCGGGAAACAUCGUUCAUGCAAGAAUUAAUCGCAUCAUGUAAACGUUCAAAACUUAUCUUGCUUCGCUGAAUCUUGCUUUACUUUGCUACGUGGGUUUCAGAACUAUGUUUUAUUGAUUACGUUUCCCUGAAUUCAACAAAGCAAGGGAGUGAAGGUGCUGAUGGUUAUUAUUUUUUUCAGUGGAAGUGGGCCUUUCUUCGUAAUUACAUGAUUCUGCGUUGUUUGAACUUUACAUUGAUGCAGUUCUCCAGGAAUCAAUUACAACCAGCCAUACGAUUUGACCUUAUUUAUUCUAUCUUACCGAGUAAAUUUUAUUUUUCCCGAUUUGUUGUCAGCAAAUUAUUAAACCGAGUCCGAAGAGGAACCGUGCCAUGCUCCAGUAUCCAUAAGCAAGUGAGGAAUAUUCAUCAGGCAUUAGAGAAUCAAAAGCUAGUGUUAGAGGGAACACAGCAACUGGGUAUUGAUGUGCACAACGUUACAGCUGAGGACCUCUGGAGUGGAAAGGUACCGUAACUUUUUUGUCUUACUGAAGUUUUGACUAAGUGAACGAAAUAUUGCCAAUUUUUACUUCUCACUUUUUUGCACUAACGUCGGCAAGUUGUAACUAGUUUCAUUUGACAUUAACCCACCCUAACAUCCGUAUCAAGUAUAUUUUCCAAACUCUUCGCUACUGUAAUUUUUUAUUGACAAGGAGAAUAUGUUAAGCAAUCAAAACUUCUCAGGAUGGCAAUCAUUUCUUUUAUUCUCAUAAUCUUGAUGAAUGAUUCAGCAUUAUUACUGUAAGGAGAAAUUAAACUCUUAGGUUUCAGAGGGUUAAAAUCAUCGAUCUUUUCAAUUUUGCCAGGAAUACUUGGUUUUGGAAGUUCUGUGGAAAAUCGUCCGGGUAAGUUAUGUAUUAAAGUCAUUAUAACAAUUGCGCUUUUAAAAAGAAGAACAAUUGUCAUCUAGCUGCUACCCAAAGAGAGGAAAAUUUGUGAUAAAGUUGACGACUGAAAUGUUACAGGUUGGCUUGCUGUCUCGUGUGAAUGUGGAAAACCAUCCAAAUUUGGUAUUGUUGCGCAGGUCAAAUGAAAACUGGCCAAGGUUUGUUAAGGUAUGUAUAUCAAUUCUACUUGUUUUCAUAGUAUUAUUUCACUAUAAGAAUGAAACUUUAAGUAAUGAGAACUAUCUUCCGAUGUUUUGAAUCAUCGACUGUAUUUCACUGCACUGAACUUUCCGAACGCAAGCACAUCGUUGGCAACUGACAUGCGUUCAACUGUUUAGCUUUCUGCAGAAGAGUUACUGAUCAGAUGGGUCAAUUAUCAACUGAGGCACACACUUUACAGGGGUCCAGAGAUGACAGACUUCAGCUACAGUUUAAAGGUUCGUGACCACCUAUUGAUCAAUAAGAUCAUAACUUCAUCCACAAAACAAUGUUAAUAUUUAAAUGAAAACAUUGCGGCUAACUCGAAAUACUGCCUUUUUUGGAAUAAUUUACAAAGGCUUUUAUCUCUUUUAUCCACUUUUCCUUUUUCUCCCUUCCCAACUGUUUUUAUACCUUUUAUUAUUUUCAUUCGCUGCUUCCAGUUACAAUGACUUAAUUAAGUUUCUGUUUUGUUUGUUCUAUGUAGGACUCUGUGAUAUACAGCUACCUUUUCACUCAGCUUUCCCCACAGAGGUAUUGCUCUCUGAGUUAUUUGCUGUUAUGUUAAUGAACCGAGAACAAGAAGUUAUGCUUUAUGAAGAAAUGUCGUGCGCGCGCACUCAGCUAGUUUUUCAGCAGUUGGUCAGGAAAUAUUAUGUUAAGAGAAGGCUUAAGAUAAACAUAGAAUACAUAAUGAAGUCAAUAUAGAUUGGUAUGCCGAUGGAAUAUUGAUUCUAAGGGUGAAAAAGUCGGCAUCACGUAAUAGGAAAUUGUUUUAUUUCGCGUCAAUAAAUAACUUGAAGAUUCUCACCAUCUAUAUGUUGUGAAAAGGUGCAGUUUGUCUCCUUUGGAUGAAGAAGACUUGUUCGUCAGAGCAAAGAAAAUCUUAUCCAUGGCUGAGCUGAUAGGAUGUAAUAAAUACAUAACGCCACAUGAACUUGUUAAGGUAUUUAUACCGGGUUAUUUUUCUUAACGUGGAUCAGUUGAUCUCCUUAACCGAGAUUUUGUAUCGUGAGAAAAUUAUUCAGAAAAACAAGGAACAUUCAGCUCGCAAAAAUCAGGAACAAUGAUUAUUGUGAAAAUUAGUCGUUAUUUGGUUUCUUUUUUUUUCCAGGGAAAUCCACGGCUAAACCUUGCUUUUUUGGCGAACUUAUUCCAUUGUAGUCCAGGACUUGAGUUCCAUGCGACUGAUAUGGAAAGUGCUCGACUUACAGAAGAACUCAACACGGCUCACGUCAGGUACUGCCAGGAAUUGAACUGAUAACUUUUCCUGAAAAGUGUGUCUCAGUCUUACUCUCAUGUUAUGAUUAGUAAUAGACUUUGUGAUUAGCUGUCAACCGGCUACAUUAUUACCAACAAGUGGUGACAUGGACGUAGUUGGAAUUUUAAGUUUUAUUCGUUUGUGGCAUUGUAUUUCAGUUAAAUUCUGAAAAUCGUUGGAAUGUCUCUUUGAGGUGUCGUUUGGUCGAAGAAGAGCGAAAUCUUUUGAUGGAAGUGAGACGAGAGAUGUCUGGGGAGCUGAAAGACGUGCGUAAGAAACUGGAGGAAAGACUCAAAGAAAUGGAGAUUCUCAAGAGAAGAGCUUUGGGGCUUGAAGAUGAAAAUAAAUAUUUGGUAAGUAUCCCAACUAAAGACAAAAAAAAAACACCCCAUUCAUUUCAUUCUGUUGUUUUUCUUCGAUUUUUCAGACUGACGUCGAUGAGGCUGUUCGACGUCUAAAAGCAGAAAACUCGCUGCUUCAAAUUCAGCUCACUGACUCGAAAGCCGUAGAGGAUGAUUCCCAAGCUACCAUAGAGAAUCAAGAAAUAACAAUUGAUAGCUUGAAGAAAGAAAAAGAGGUUUGAACACAUCAUUUGUUUUUUCCUCAGUCAGUAUUAAUAUGCACAACCGACUAUCUCCGCUCUCCAGUCCUAAACGGAGAGCACCAGAAAGACGUUAUAUGUUACCUUAGUCCGGCCUAGGCUCGAGUACACGAGAGGACCCACUUUCAAAUGCGACAUUGUCAGUCUAGAGGGAUUACAUGGAACAGCAGCCCGCUUUUGUACAAACGAAUACAACUGGUCGUCAAGGGUCAUGUCCAUACUAAAAAAAUUUGAACUUUGCACCCCUGUAGAAAAGAGAAAAAGAUCUCGCUUGAUCUUAUGUAUAAAAUUAUUCAUGAUUUAGUUGAUAUUAAGAUUAGCGUUUAUUUAAAUUUUAGUAAUGCGACCUGUUCUAGGAGUAACCAUGGGCUCAAGCUUCUUAAACCUCACUGUAAGAAAGAAGUGUUCGAAUCUUAUUUUUCCCAAGAACUACAAGAGACUGGAAUCAGCUCCUCCCUGAUGUGCCUCGUAUUACGUCUCUUGCUGGAUUUAAGAAUCAACGGAGUUCACUAGUUUAAUAAGUAUCGUAAUUAUUGUAGCUUGUAAUUUUUACUUUGCAUUUUGUAAGUAGUUGGCGCGUUGCCUAACUGGCUUUUAUUAACCUUAUUGACAUAAUAAUGAUGAUGACUUAUAAGUAAAUAUUUCCUUACUCUAGGCACUGGUCAAAGAAUAUGAGGAAAAAAUUAACGAACUAGAGAAUAAACUCUCUGCAACCACUCGAAAACAAACAAAAAUAGUUCUUCAGAAAGAAGCUAUUAUGCAUGAGAGAGACGUAAGUAGUUUGAGCGUUAUUACGCAAUUAAGUGGAUAUAUUUUAAAGUAACAUUUUGUGCAAACUACAAGUAACUUCCUUUCUUCUGUGCUUUAAUGCCAAUAUCACGGAAUUGAGAUGAAAUUGAGAUACUGAAAAGUGGUAAUCGACCCUUUAGUUUGUAACCGACACUGUUUUGCUUUCUUUUGUUUCUAAAUCCAGCUCUUAAAACGGAAACACGACAAAUGCCAAGCAGAACUCAAAAGACUUCAAGCUCAGGUAAGUUGUAAGUCGCAGUUAAAGAAGAAAACUUUUCACCCAAGUAACUCUAUAUUGGAUAUUUUUUUCUUGAGUUAUUGUUGUGGAAAUAAUAGCCAAGCUGUUACAGAUAUAUCUUAGUAAAAAAAAUUCUGUUCUGUGACAUAGUCUGUUUUUGUCGAUCUCCAUCGAAACUUUGAAUCAUUAAGAAUAUUAAUAUCAACUUAAUUAUUAUUUUAUAUGCUUAAAAGGAUAUGUGUGGAUAUUAAGUGUUUGCCGAUUGAUAUGGAAUGAAUAAUGAAGCCUAUUCCCUUUAUCAGUGAUAAAAAUUCUUCACAGUUGUUUUUUUAACUAUAUUUUGUUAUCCAACAGAUUGAUCGUCGUCAACGACACGUCCAUCAACUUCGUCAGCUUUUUAAAUAUUUUAUUUCCGACAAAGGACUAGCAGAAAAACUUUAUGGGGUAGGCACAUCAUAAUCGGUGAACUACCCGACAGACCAACUGACAAGCCGACGAACUGACAGAAUGGCCGACCGACAGACAGAGACAGACAGACAGACAGACAGACCGACUGACCGACCGGCCGAUAGACAGAUAGACCGACCGACCGAACAACAAGACUGACCGGCCAACUGAGCGAUGGACCGACUCGCUGGUUGGCUGAAUGACUUAACGACACACCGACUGACUGUCCAAUACCGCUGACUGAUCGACCUCGAGCGUCAUUUUAACAAUAUUUACAAUGGAACAUUUUCAGACUAAUUUUCUAAAAAUUUUCAUCAGAACUUGGACACGACAUCUCUACAAAGCAGAAACGGCAAAAGCAAAAUGACAAAAUGUAAGUGAUUUGAUAUUGUAUUUAAAUCAAUAAUUGAGUACUCUCCACUGUAGUCUCAAGUAGCUUUAGGAUCAUCGCUACAUCGUGUUCGCUGUCCCCUUUGACGUGGAGAAUGUGCCUUGUUGUCCAAGUUAUUCUGUUCCUUAUUCUCAUCUCUUCCCUUCUUUGAGUUUUAUUUGAACUGUCUCUCUUGUAAUAUCACCCUCUCUUCAACUUGUAAUUUUCAGCUUCUACCAUGGUCUAAUCAUUUCCAUUGCCUAGUUAGUUUUAUCUUAUUACUAUGUGAUUUUGUUUUGUUGACGAACCUCUCAUCUUGCAGUUUGCCAGGAAGGAGGUUGGUAUUUACGAGAAACAGCUCCACAAAUUUUCCUACUGAAGGAUAAUUUUUUGUUUGUGUUCGAUCGCGAGGAGGUAGGUGUCAUUGAACUCCGGAGCAGAGAUUUUCUUUUCUUGUAGGAAUGUCUUGAAACUAGACGAUUACUUCAGUAAGGGAUUAGCCAAUCACACUUGCGUUCUUCUUCAGGAGGACGCCCCUUUACUUGUGCUGCGCUUGGAUCAGGCCACAGUAAACAAACAAGAACAUUGUGUGCUGCAAUUGAAGUUCUCUCAGAAAGAAGUAUGUUCACAGAAUGACUCAGCUUCACUAAGCACGUGGUAGUUUUUUCUUUAGUAAUCGAUACCGGGAAGUGUUGAGGAAGUGCUUAAAGUCAUAUCCUGGGUCCAGUUGUAUAAAGGGUGGAUAACACUAUCCUACGUACAAAUCACUAUCCAGCAGAUAAGUGAUAGUAAACGUACUGCGCUAUCCAGUGAAUAGAGAUUUGUUCAGUUGUUAGAGUUAAUCAACCUUUGAACAACCGAGGCCUGAUUUUCUAUCAUUGAAGCGACGGCACUGUUAACUGGCACCAUGAAAGUAUUUGGUAAUAAAGAGUUGAAGACAAUGAAAUUUUUAAUUGCUGGUUCCAGUUUCGAUUUUUUGACCGUGUUAUUUUAUCAGGGUAGUCGACUAUUAUUGGCUCCAACGAUUCUUUUACGUUGGAAUGACCAGGUUAAAGGAAGUAUUUAUCUCGUGUUUUCUCUUCUUGUUUAGUUUUCGUACUACAUAAAAGUUUCGCCCGCCUCAUAUGUCAAAGAUUUGCAACAAGAACUGGAAGUAGCCGCUGACUGGUGGACUGAAAGACAAAGGACUUCGCCUUGUUCCCGAUUCAAAGAGAUCGUUCAGUCGAACAUGUUGACCAGCGGUGGUAACAGAAGAAAGCUGAACUUAAGACAAACUUCACUUAUAACGGCAGACGUGUGA